GAAAUUGUACUUCACUAAAAAUACAAUACCGCUGCUGAGUGCUGUGCGGGUGGAUUUUUGGAUUUUAGGAGUAUUUCAGAAAGUUUUAUAGAUUGUAACUUCGGUUCCCGCUUUCGUUCGUCUUCAAUCGCCCUCUAAUCACACUUUAUAGGUGAGUGGUGAUCUUGAAAGAUGGCUAUUGAUGAAGAAGAAACCAUAGAGCAAGCAGCAGCAGCUCGACGUGAAAGGCUGAAAGCUUUGAAAGCUGCUCAACAACUUCUUGAAAAUCCUGAAGAAGAUGGAGCACCCAAUGAUAAGGAAGAUGAAAAUGGAAAUGAUGAUGAAGAAAAUGAUGUUAAUGUGAAAUUCCGAAAUUACCUUCCUCAUGAUAAGCAGCUUCAAGAGGGUAAACUUGCUCCACCAAAGUUACCAAAGUUUGAAGACCCUGUAGCUAGUGAACCUCCAAUUGAAGAGGAAAAGAAGGAUCCUUUUUUGAACAUUGCCCCCAAAAAGCCAAACUGGGAUCUUAGAAGGGAUGUACAGAAGAAACUUGAUAAGCUUGAAAAACGCACACAAAAGGCCAUAUUUCAACUUAUGGAGCAACAAGAAAAGGAAAAGCAGUUGGCUGAAGAAGAUGGCAAAGAUGAUGAUUCUGGGAACUAGAAAACAACUUCAUGUGUACGAAUCAACAACUUUAAGGUACUUCAAAAGAUCAUGGGAAUGCGAAUGCGUGAUCGUGCACAUCUUCCUGUUUUAUGUCACUAGGUAUUGGGAAAACUUUGGUUUUGAAAUAAUGCUUUUGAACAACGACUCUUUUGUAAACAAUGCUGUUAAAUGGUUGAUUUUUAAAAUUUUAAGUUUCUUUAAUU